AUGAACAGUUUGUCAGUGAGCAAUGGACUCUUUGCGAAACCGACGAUCGGGCGGAGCGAGUAUGGACGUGUGAAAGUGGCGCUGGCGCCCGGAAAGGGAUUCAUGGACUGGCUUCGGCUCACGACCAAUAAAGUCAGUCAUUAACGUUUCAGAUCUGAUCUUUGUUUCUGUCAGAGCUCCAGUUUGAACUAAUGAACCCAAUCACCACUCUGAAAUGACAUCAUCGCGUGCAUGCCAAAUGAAAAUUCUUUUCUUUCCGCUUUUUCCUUUCGCUUUCUCCGCCACCACAGCCACCUCUCCUUCCCUGCGUCUAGUUUUUCUCCCAACCUCUCUCGGGUGUCAGUGGGCGUCAGUCACAAACUCCAAUGUGUUCUGCUAUUGCUAAAUUAUUGCGAAAAGUAUGAGUUUUACCAAAAUUUUAAAGUAAUGUCUCAUAUUUUCAGCAUCUCACGAAACGUCAGUCAGAAGGAGUGGAUCAUGUGGAGUUGGUGAAGCACGACAAAAAAGAGGAUUGUUGGGUUCAUCUUUUUGGAAUUGUACGCUUUCAUGCACACUUUUUACUUGAACAUCUAAACUUUUAGGUCUAUGACGUCACCAAAUACUUGGACUUUCACCCGGGAGGGAUUCCCGAGCUGCUCCGCGGCGCCGGUCGCGACGCCACGCCGCUUUUCAAUCAGUAUCACGCGUGGGUGAACUAUGAAAGUAUGCUAAAAGCAUGUGUAGUUGGACCCUUCAUUGGAGACCUUUCAAAGUGUAAGUUUUUGUAGUUCUCUUUCUUUUUCCUAAUGCAUCUAAUUUUCAGUGCCUCCUCCACUUCCACCUACUACAUCUAAUGAUCCGAAUAAGCUAGGUGUUCCCGCUUCGAUGACGUCUGUUUUUGGCAAUGAUCCGGUUGAAAAUGGGUUUGGAAGUCGUAUAGAGACGCUGGAAAACGGCAUGGCAUUGGAGCACGACGACUGGAGCGGACUUACCGAGCACAAUGUCAUUGUGACGCUUCUGCCGACCUUUGUGAACAUGUCUAUCAACACAAAAGGAGAAGAGGAGACGGAAGAGCACGCUCGCCUACGCAUUCUUGUUCGUCACUUCUGGAAACCAGCAAUGGAGUUUGAAUUUGAACCGUCUUCCCGCCUUGCCAAUCAAAAAUACGAGUUGAAAGUGCUCAAAAACAGAGUAGAAGUCACUUUUCCCGCAAUGGAUCUCGGCAACGUCUUCAAACGGGAAAAGGUGAAAGUACAACGGAGGCCCGGAGUCUCGUAUCAUUCAACGGAAAUUGUACGAGUGUUCCCAGUGAAUCAUGACACUUUGGUGUUUUCGUUGAAGUUUCCGGAUCACACAACAUAUCGGAUACCACUAGGACAUCAUGUUUCUGUGAAAGUUAGGAAAGGAAGUGAGUUCAGCAGCAAAAAAAAACAAGUCGUUACUUUGAAAGAAAACGUGAAACUUGAGCUUUUUUCUAUGCUUUCAAUCUCUUUCCAGACGCAGUUCUCUACCGUCCGUACACACCAAUCACGUCAUCUGACAUAAAGAACAUAGAUUUGAUGAUCAAAAUCUACGCGGAUGGAAUUUGUACCCCUUCUCUGUCAAAAUUGAAAAAAGGCGACGAACUGGAGAUCAGUGAUCCGAUAGGUAAUCGGAAUUUCGACGAUUGGAUCAUCAAUUCCAGUCAACUGAUCCUCUUGGCAGCCGGAAGUGGAAUCACUCCGAUGAUCGAUAUUCUGGAGAGAAGGAUUUUAAAAGCGCCCGAAGCUUCUGUGUAUCUGGUCAUGUUCAACAAAACGGAAAAGGAUGUGCACACGUCAGAAGUAGAAGACGUGGCGAAUAACAAUUGGAAGCUGUCGGAGUGGACAAAGAAGUACGAGAAAAGCGAGAAAAUCAUCCUGAAGAACGUGCUCUCGGCUCCAGAAUCUUCAGAAUUUCUGACGUCUCCUUAUCUGCACGGACGGGUAUCGGCUGAUCUUCUCAAGAGCAUUGUUUCCACGUCAUCAGCUCCAGAAUCGCGACGAGCAUUCAUUUGCGGACCUGAUGGAUUCAUUGUUGCUGCAAAGAACGCUUUGGAGGCACUUGGCAUGGUCACGGAUUAUAUUCAUGUUUUUCAAGGUUGA